GUCGUCUCUUCCUGACAUUUGUGAUAUUGCAGUUGUAUGCUGGAGAACAUCUUCUAUGAGGUAAAGAGCAAAUUUGAGACAGCCCUUGGGAUCCUACAAAAGGAAAAGAUCACGAUUGAUCCUGAUGAUCCUGCAGCAGUGUCUCAGUAUGCAAAGCUUAUAAGGACUAUUAGAGAAAAGGCGGACUUAUUCUCAGAGUCUCAACGAAUUAAAUACAGCAUUGAACAACAGACAAAAGGCAUUCCUGAUGCUCGGACAUAUUUGUUGACACUACAAGAGAUACGAAUCAAGAGUGGCCUCACUGAUGACCUAGGUGCUGAGGCUAUGAUGAUGGAAGAAUUAGAAAGGGUUGAGAAAGAGAUUAAGAAGCCUCUUAUGAGGUCUGACAAGAAGAAUAUGGGUCUUCUCUUAGCUGAGUUUGACAAGACCAACAAAAAACUUGGCAUUAGAAAGGAAGAUCUUCCCAAGUAUGAGGAAGAGCUGGAACUGAAAAUCGCUAAAGAACAGUUGCAGGAGCUAAAGAAGGACGCCCUGGAGGCAAUGGAGACCCAGUUGAAGAGGGAGGAAUUCAAGGAUGAGCAGAUGGUUGAUGUGAAAUCACUGGACAUACGGAACUUCAUCUGAGAUUAAUGUCUUCUAUGAUCCAAAUACCAAUGGUUUUGUCUCUUUCUUUAUCUUCUCCGGUGUUUCUAAAAAGUUUGUUGCUACCAGCAGCAAUAUUGGGGAAAUGCUGUUAACUGGCUUUCUUUAGUCUGUAAUAAUAUAGCAGCCAAAUAUGCCGCCUGUUGUGCCUC